AAGACAUCCCACCGUGGACUACAAAUUUGGUCCAUUGUCCCCAUAGUUCGAAGAUUCUUCUACCCAUCAGCCAUCUUCCUCCAGUGAUCUACUCUCUACAAAAUAUCCUCCUAUCACCUUCUACUAAACCCUCACUUCCUUCAAUAUGAAGACCACCGCUCUCGUUGCCAUCCUCGGCCUUGCCACUGCUGUCGCUGCCACUCCCCUCAAGCGAGACGUCGAGUGGACCGAGAAAUAUGUCAAGCCUGAGGCUCGUGAGUCGAAUGGACCGAGAAAUAUGUCAAGCCUGAGGCUCGUGAUGUUGAGUGGACUGAGAAAUAUGUCAAGCCUGAAUAGAUUCAGACCUUAGCACAGCUGGCGCCUUGAGAGUCGGGCAGGGUGGUGAUACCAGUUUGAUGAAGGAAUGUUUUGUAUCUAGAUACAGGAAUAUGUCAGAUGUUGUUAUGUCUAUCUGAAAGUCAAUAUACGCUUUUACCUUUAA